AUGGCUCCCAAGGUGGAAGUUGAAGGUGUCACGGACACCUCAUCAGUGGUUACGCGCGAUCCUCUCAUGACCAACGGUGCUACUCGCUCGGUCUUCACCGUGGACGAUGUAUUGCCGCAUCGCCAGAAGUCGAAGCCUCCUCCCACGGUUGUGGCUGGCUUUGCAAACGCUUCCAUGUUCAAAAGCGAAGGAUGUUUGAAGAAGCCGAAGUCUCAGAGCUUUGCGCAUCGUCUGUCCGGGGAAAGCAAGGCGAGAAGUCCGUCCUCGUUGAAGGGCGCCAUGAAGUACUCCCGGUCUGGGACCAUCAGUCUUUGCGGAGGAUUGCCGUCAAGCGACUACUUUCCUUUUGAAGAAAUCAGCACAAAGCUUCCGGUGCCUCCCGAGUUUUCCGAUGCAGAGGCUGUUGUCUCGGGGCGCACUGUUUCCACGGGUAAACAUGAUGCUCAGCAAGGCAAGUCAUUGUACGAUCUGUCCAUCGCCCUCAAUUAUGGGCAAUCCAUGGGCCCCGGUGCGCUGCUUCGGUUCAUCACCGAGCACACCGAAAUCGUCCACAACCCUCCUUACUCCGACUGGGAGAUUUGCAUGACGGCAGGGAGUACGUCAGCCCUUGAAAUAGCGCUUCGGAUGUUCACCGAGCGAGGCCACUAUGUCAUGACGGAAGAGUACACCUUCAGCUCGGCCAUUGAGACUGCGGCUCCCAUGGGAUGUAAAAUGCUGGGGAUCAAAAUGGAUGCCGACGGAAUGCUGCCCGAUGAUUUGGACCAUAUUUUGUCCACUUGGGAUGAAUCCUCGCGGAGGGCUCCAAAGCCAUUUUUGGUCUACACUGUGCCGACAGGGCAAAAUCCCACGGCCAGUACGCAGUCCCUUGAACGAAGGAAGCAGAUUUACGCAGUGGCAGAAAAGCACGAUUUGUUCAUCCUUGAAGACGAGCCAUACUACUUCCUCCAGAUGGAGCCUUUCAUCUCUGGCGAAACGCACUCGGUGCCGACGCCCUUCAAGCCGGCCGCGGUGGCCGACUUCCUUAGCAACCUCGUUCCAUCCUACCUCUCGAUCGACUCGUCCGGCCGGGUCCUCCGUCUUGACUCCUUUUCCAAGAUCAUCGCGCCGGGCAGCAGGUGUGGUUGGGUCACGGGCCAGCCGCAGGUCAUUGAGCGGUUCAUCCGGCACAGCGAGGUCAGCGUGCAGCAACCAGCGGGCUUCACUUUGACUGCGCUCUACAAUUUGUUGGAGCAGAACUGGGGCCACAAGGGCUUUUUGGAAUGGCUCAUGUACAUUCGUGCCGAGUACACCCGAAGGCGGGACAUCAUCGUCAACGCGUGCGAGACUUAUCUUCCGACCGAAGUUGCCAGCUGGGUGCCACCCAAGGCCGGAAUGUUCCAUUGGAUCAACGUCGACAUAACUCAGCACCCCUUGUACAGAUCCAGGUCCCGCGACGGAGCAAUUGACCAUGCCACUCUCCUGGAAAUCGAAGAAUCCGUCUUCCUCGCUGGUGUUGAACAGAAUGUUCUGAUCGCGCGAGGUUCUUGGUUCCGGGCUCAGAGAGGUAGCGAUGCGAAGUUGUUCUUCCGAACCACGUUCGCCGCCGCGCCUGCGGACAAGAUCCGUGACGCCAUCCGCAACAUGGGCAUAGCGAUCAGGAAGGAGUUCGGGCUGGAGGAGAAGCAGAACGGACAUGUGAAGUAA